CCUAGGUACAUAGCCACGCCAGCAUCGACAGAACAUUCAUUGAUCGAAGAACACGAAUCUUUCACGUAUGAGCAUCAACUUCAGUUGAAUUAGUAUUUUAUUCCUGAACUCUUUAAACUAAUUGCGCGUUGCACGAAUUCGUUUAACACUAGCGGUUGCGGCCAGAUGGACACUUUUAUUAGCUUCACAAAUCAAAGUCAAGGAAGGGAUCGCAUAUUCAGGGCAACCCAGUAUGCAUGCGCUUUUGCGAAAUACCUCAUGAGAAAUGAAGCGAAAAGGAAGGAGCUGUUGAAAAAGCUGCAGAAUCUGGAGUCUAAUAUGAGUUCAGGGCGGAAGUUAUUGAGGCUUGGGAACACAGUGAACUCUAUCCAUGCGGCCAAGAGCACUCUUUGUAUCUCUGACCCUGUGCUGCGGUUUUGCCUUACUGUGGCCAAUCUCAACCGAGGCCUCUACUUCAUCUGUGACAACAUACUCUGGGCCAGAAGUAUUGGGCUCAUAAGAGAAAUCGACAAGGAGAGCUGGAGCUUGAAUGCCUCUCGGUUCUAUUUUCUGUCCUUGGUCAUGAAUCUAACCAGAGAUGCCUAUGUGAUUGCCCAGCUUAUGGUGCAGAGAUCUCAGGAUAGACACUACCAGCAAAAAGUUAGCCAGCAUCUCAGUGAGAGCCCAGAUGUGGCUUGUGUCAUAGUGCCUCAGCUUGAUGCAUUUCUCUUUCUACUCUUCGAGAGCCUUAAAAGUCACCCAUCUGUGGCUCUCGAUACACUUAAAAAUGUUUGUGAUCUUUUCAUUCCGCUUGACAGGCUUGGUGUUUACCAGACAAAUGCAGGGGUGGUGGGGUUCUGCGGGCUCAUUUCCUCCGUUUUAGGAAUUCUGUCAGUUUUGAGGCCCAACCUGAAAAUCAAGCCAUGAUUUAGGGAAUUUGAAAAAUACUUUAUAGAGUAAUAUUACACAAUUAAAGAGAUUGUUCACCCAAAAAUGAAAAUGAUGUCAUCGUUUAUUAAACCUCAUGUUGUUUUUAACCCUCAAUAUUUGCUUUCUUCAUUAGACCCCAAAAUGAGGUGCUAGGCAGGAUGUGCAUGCUGCUCUUUUCCAUACUUUGAAAGUAAAUGGUGACCAGGGGCUAUCAAGCUUCAAAAAUGACAAAACAUGCCAUAUCAUAUAUGCCAUGUCGUCUUAUGUCAUAUUUUUUACAUGUAAACAUGAAUGUGAUUUGACUACUUUCACUGCAUGAUUAAGAGCAGUAACAACAUUCUGCUUAACUUAACUUUUUGUGUUCUAUGUGAGAAAAAAUAUACAGUUUUUGAAUGACAUGAGGGUGAAUAAAUUAUUAGAGAAUUACAUUUUUGGGGUAAACUAUUCCUUUAAUAACACUGUAAGUCUUCUAACACCGAGACAGUGCACAUCUCUAAUAUAGAUUAACAAAAAUAGUUUUAAUUUUAUUGUGAUUUUUAGACUACCAUUAACAAACAUAAGCUCUCUGUUGUGAUGGGAACUUUGUUGUUGUAUAAGAAAGAUAACAGAAAAUAUAAUGUGGCGGUGCACCUGCAGGGCUGUUCCUCUAAAUCCAUUAAUUUUCUCAACAAAAAGAGUGAAAAGGAGUGUUAUUUAGAUACUUGAGAUUUUGCAGUGUACCCAUGGCCACAUGCUGCUCACUUUCAUUAAAUAGAGUGCCUUGAUGCAUCCAUCCGUGAAUAUGUAUCGUCAUGGCAACCUAAGUAAAAAUAAUGCACCUGAAUCUUAUGAACCUUUUAAUAGAGAUACUUUAACUUUGGUACUUAUUUGAAUGAGAUUAAAAUAAUGAGAGUGAAUGAACAAAUAAUGUUUUGACAUUUUGGAACAUAUCCCUUUUAAUGUAUUUGCUUAUUUCCACUGAUCUGACUUUUUUCUAGGCAACAGGUGCUCUUUAUGCUGGCAUAUGCACAACUUUCUAAGAUACAAAUAACAUGUAUGCUCCUCUAGGUGGAGAACCAUCUGGAAUUAUGCAAAUAUUCUACCUCAUUGACCGAUUUCAGAGUUGUUUACAGAUGCUUAUUUGAGGAUGUAACUAGGGGACAAACUUUGCUAAAUUGGUUGUCAUUGCAAACUGUUUUUAACAAAAAACUGUGAACUUUAAUAAAGGAAUUUUAUGCACCAUUGAAAAGAUUUUAAUGUUUUUUCCCUCCC